UUUUUAUUUUUAGAAAGGGAGGUGUGGUGGUCACUGCGUCGUCAAAUUUGCAUGUCGCCAAUUUCCUCGGCAGAUCUUAUGGUUAUUUAAUGUUGGUGCGCGGUUAAGUAAUGCCAGUCAAAAUUGACGCUGUCCCACCGUUGCCUGCCAAUUCUCGGCAGCCGGGGAUUGCCGGCUCGCUGCUGUACAAUGGCUCCAAAUUCCAGGGCCAUCAGAAGUCCAAGGGCAAUAGUUAUGAGGUCGAGGUCGUCCUUCAGCAUGUGGACGAGGAAAAUUCUUAUUUAUGUGGGUACUUGAAGAUAAAAGGCCUUACGGAAGAAUUUCCCACCAUGACUACUUUCUUUGAUGGAGAAAUAAUAAGCAGGAAAUAUCCAUUCCUUACGCGCAAAUGGGAUGCUGACGAAGAUGUUGACAAAAAGCACUGGAGCAAGUUUACCUCUUUCCUGCAAUAUGCCAAAACUUUCAACUCUGACAACUUUGAUUAUGAGGGUCUCAAAGAUACUGACUAUGUGUUUAUGCGUUGGAAAGAGCACUUCCUUGUACCUGAUCACACAAUCAAGGACAUAAAUGGUGCCUCAUUUGCUGGCUUCUAUUAUAUUUGCUUCCAAAAGUCAACAGCUACAAUUGAAGGAUAUUAUUAUCAUCGAAGUUCAGAAUGGUUCCAAUCUCUGACCUUGAAGCAUGUUCCCGAACAUAGCAUUCAAAUCUACGAAUUCAGGUGAAGAUAAAGCGGGGGGCGGGUCUGCUGACCGCACUGGCCCUCGUGUCACAGCAGAAAGUCUGGUCACCCUUCUACAGUUGCAGCACUUGAAAAUUUUAUUAUCGUAACAAUAUAUAACUUUAAUGAAGCUGUGCUUUUCUUUUUGAGACUAUUGAAUAAAAUUGUUGAAACAACGAUAUUAAUGGGAAACUGGGGAAGAAAAUGAAAUUGAUAUAACAUUAUUCCAAAAGGAAAAGAGGUAAUGGAGAUUGUUCUGCCUUCUGUUUAUUUUGUAAUCCUUUGCGUACGUGUAAGGUUUUUUCAGCAAUUUAUCACUCCAAAAUUGUUAUUCAGUUCAGCACAAUAUUGAAUUUCGAUUGGUUGUGUUAUUCUUUAAAUGUCGGAAUUCAGUGCUACUCGCAGUCAGUUUAUUUUCUUGAUAAAAUUCCAUCAAUAGCAAUGUGAGAUUAUAAAUUUGCAUAAUCAGACAUUAUUGGACUGAAUGUCUUUGGUGUUGGCAUUUUGACGGUAAUAAUGCUUAUUUUUGCUCACUAUUAUAGAUAUAUCAGCUAAGUAUAUCUGUUGAUACCAAAAGUUUGAACAAAUACACUUUUCAAGUGUCAUAACGAGCGUGCAAAUUUUGUUCUUGCUUCUUUAGUGAAAUGUAAUCAAUGUGGAGUAUAUUUUCAAAUGAAACGUGAUGUGCCGUAAGUAUUUCAAUUGUGUAAAAAUUAUGAGAACUCAGAUGUUUUGUAUAAAUAGUAAUCCUACAGGAAUAAAGCUGUACUAAAUCCAA